AUGAAAAAAGGUUCAGUAUUCGCUAAUAAAAAAGGUCCUUUAGGAAAUGGAUAUGGCACACCAAUUAAUAUUUCAUCUACAUCAUCCUCACUUUUUGAUAAUAGUCUUCAACAACAGAAUCCAUUAGGAUUAGCUCGAAAUUGGCAAGCUACACCAACAAAUACACGUCGAUUAGUUCCUCUUCAUCAUCAACAAUUAUUACAUCCAUCAAAUUCAUCUACAAGUAUUAAAGCAUAUCCUAUGGCUCCUACAACAAAUACACCAAAUACAAGUAUUAUAAAUCGAGCUAAACCAUAUACAAUUCAAGGCCUUGUAGAAAAUCUCAAUGAAUUACUUGCUGAACUUGCUAUUCCCCAUGUUAUGCGUCAUGAAACAAAAUAUGGAUUUGAAGAUAUUCUUACUGUUCUCGAUCAUCUAGCAAAUCCAUCUCGUUAUGAAGAUCAACGUUUUCAACCAUUUCCACCAGCACCUCAACCAAAUAAACCAGGUGGAAAAGUUUCAUUAACAGAUCGUUGGGCAUAUUUAAAACAUGUUCUAUUAACAUAUCGUCUUUCAACAAUUGAACAAUUAACACGUAUUAAACCUGAACGUGCAAUGUCAAAUGAAAAUAUAAUGAUUAUGAUUGAUUUAUUAAUACAAUUAAUAAAAUGUAUUAUUAAAAGUGAACAUGAACAAAAACGUAUAUUAGAAAAUAAUUAUUUAAGAGAAUUUAAAUUAUUAAUGCGUCAAAUGUUUUGGAUUGGUCGAUAUGAUCCAGCUGUUAUGGAAGAAUCAAUGUAUGAAUUACGACAUCAUAUUUAUGCUAAAGAUAAACUUGAAAUAAUUGAUAAAUUAAAACAUGAAAAACAAAUGAAUGAAAUGAUUAUUGAACGUGAUCAACUUAAACAACAAUUUGAAAUAUUAAAAACAACUUUUAAUGAACUUGAAAAUGAAUGUACAAUAUUAACAACAUCGAAUGAAAAUGAUUUUAUUGAAUUUACAAAAAAACAAGAAGAAAUAUCAGAUGAACAAGCGAAAUUAGUUGAAUUAACACAAAUUGUUGAACAAAAAGAAAUGGAUAAAAAACAUUUAACUGAUCGUAAUCAAUUAUUAUCAGAUCGACUUUUUUCUCAACAAACAGAUGCUGAAUUACAACAUCAUAUCCGUUCAAAUGGUGAACUUAAACAACAACAUGAAGUUCUUCUUUCUACAUUACUUCUUGAACAACAAUUACAUUCAACAGCAACUAAUGAACAUAAACGACUUGUUAAAGAAUUACAAGAGUCACUUGCUAAAUAUCAAAUAUUACUUAGUGCAUAUAAACAUAAAGCACCUCGACCACCACCAUCUUCUGUUGAUUUUUGUUUAAGUGAUAUUAUUGGUGAUACAACAUCAAUUAUAGAUAAUGAUUCUGUAAAACAAGCACAAAUAGCAAUUGAAAAUUUAAUAAAAGAAAUCAAUACACAAGAAAUAUCACUUACACAACGUCAUCGUGAUCUUGAACAAGAAUCAAAAAAAAAAAUUGAAGAACUUCAAUUAGCUGAACGUGAAUGGAAAUCAGUAACUAAAAAUGGUCAACGACGUGCAGCUCAACAAAAUGAAUUAAGUCGUUUUCAACAAGAAAUUCGUUUAAUACGAACAAAAAUUCUUGAAAUUGAACGACGAAUUGAAGAAAAAAAAACAUCAACAAUUGAAUUAAAAAAAGAUUUUGAACAAAUUAAAUUAGGUAUUAUUGAAUUAUUAUCACGUUUUGAAUUCUUAGAAACAAAUUAUAUUAAUAAAGACGAAGAACUUCGACAUGAAUUAUCAUGGUUUAUAAUUGAUCAAACACAAUUAGCAAAAAUAUUUCGACGUGAUGUUGAAGAAUUAAAACGUAUACAACAAGAACAUAUGUCAAAAUUAGAUAUUCAUUUAAUAACAUCAUCAUUUGAUGAACUUAUCCAACAACAAAUUAAUAAAUUUUAUCAUUAUAAACAUAUGGAAGAUGAUGAUGAAGAAGAAGAUGAUGAUGAUGAUUAUCUGGAUGAAGAACGAAAAUUAAUUAAUAAAUUUGAUAAAUUACAUGAAGAACAUAUUAUAUGGUUAAAAAAGAAAAAGAAAAAUGCAAAAAUUACAAUGCCAAUUGUCGAACGAUUUCAAGAACUCUAUGACCAUUUACAUCUGCUUGAUAAGAACUAA